AUGUCAAAAGAAGAGUACAUUCAAUCUCUUGUGACCAUUCGGUAUAUUUUAGAAUGCUUUCGCAAGAUGGCUGAUGAAGCUGGGAAUAGUACUGUUCCCUGGCUCAUUACUUCGGCUGUCAAAGCUUAUCGCCCCUAUCAUUACUAUCUCCUAACUUCCAUUGUCAUUUUUUCAUUUUUUGCCAAUAUUCUAAUUGUUAUCGUUCUAUCUCAUAAGGAUAUGAGACGUUUUGGUGUCAAUGUCACCAAGCUGUUGAUAGCAGUUUGUGAUUUUGGAUGCUCCGUAUCAGGACUAGCACAAUUAUAUCUGAGGAAUUAUUCAGAAGAUCUAUGGCAAAGCCCAAAUUAUGCGUUGCGUGUUGCUUGUGCUUUGUGCUCUCCAGUUUUCGUAGUUGCUACUUUUGUGAUUUUCAUAAACGCCGCAAAAGAAACGGAAGAAGAUGGAAUUUAUCUGGAUGUUUCCGAUUUAUCCCUGGCAAGUGCUUGUUUGUUCAUGAAGUGUUCUUUAGUUGCCAGUGGAUUUCUUUUCAAGAUCCUGCCCUGCAUAACAAUGUUAUUCUUCUCCGUAUUUCUUUUACAACAAAUAGACGAAGGAAAGCAAAGUUCCAAUGUUGCAGCUCAUAAUAGAGAGAACAAAAGAAAAAAGAUAGAUCGAUCUUCACGAUUCAUCCAAUUCGUACUAGUUGUUUUUCUUAUAACUGAGUCACCGCAAGGAGCUUUCAGCAUCCUCGGCGGUUUUGCAAUUAUAGACUACAUAAAUGCGUUAUCUGGAAAAUUCAGAAAGUUGUUCACUCAAAUGUUCUUGCCUAGAUAUGUUACGGAGAAAAUAUAUCUGAAACGAACAACUGUGGUAGUGCAAUCGAUUGCUCAUUCGUCGAGAACAGUUUGA